AUGCCUCUCACUUGCACUGACCCUUGCAAGAUGCUUGCUGCCAUCUUUAUCCCUCCUCUUGGUGUCUUUAUGGAGAGAGGUUGUGCAGGCGACUUCUGGCUUAACCUGUUCCUUACAUGCCUAUUUUUCAUUCCCGGGCUCAUUCACGCAUUGUACAUCAUUUGCAAGUAUUAG